AUGACCCUCCGCCGACUCAGGAAGCUGCAGCAGAAAGAGGAGGCGGCGGCCGCCCCGGACCCCGCCGCUCGGGCUCCCGACUCGGAAGUCGCUCCCUCCACUCCAGCCCCGACCCCGGCUUCGGGCACCCGUGCUGCAGCCGCCAGCUCUGGGGCCCCCGGAGACGAGCUGUACGCGGCGCUGGAGGACUAUCACCCGGCCGAGCUGUACCGCGCGCUCGCCGUGUCCGGGGGCACUCUGCCCCGCCGAAAGGGCUCCGGAUUCCGCUGGAAGCAUCUCGGCCAGAGUCCUGAACAGCAGCGGAAAGUGCUGACUUUGGAGAAGGAGGAGAACCAGACCUUCGGCUUUGAGAUCCAGACUUACGGCCUUCACCACCGGGAGGAGCAGCGCGUGGAAAUGGUGACUUUUGUCUGCCGGGUCCAUGAGUCCAGCCCUGCCCAGCUGGCUGGGCUCACACCAGGGGACACCAUCGCCAGUGUCAAUGGCCUGAACGUGGAAGGCAUCCGGCAUCGAGAGAUCGUUGACAUCAUUAAGGCGUCCGGUAACGUCCUCAGGCUGGAAACUCUGUAUGGAACGUCCAUUCGGAAGGCCGAACUGGAGGCCCGUCUGCAGUACCUGAAGCAAACCCUGUAUGAGAAGUGGGGAGAAUACAGGUCCUUAAUGGUGCAAGAGCAGCGGCUGGUGCAUGGCCUGGUGGUGAAGGACCCGAGCAUUUACGACACGUUGGAGUCGGUGCGCUCCUGCCUGUACGGGGCCGGACUGCUCCCGGGCUCGCUGCCCUUCGGGCCCCUGCUGGCCGCGCCCGGGGGUCCCCGCGGGGCCGCGCGGCGGCCCGGGGGCGACACGGACGACGCCGUCUACCACACGUGCUUCUUCGGGGGCGCGGAGCCGCCCGCGCCGCCGCCGCCGCCGCCGGGCGCGCUCUGGACUGAGGCCCGCGAGCAGGCCCUGUGCGGCCCCGGCCUGCGCAAAGCCAAGUACCGCAGCUUCCGCCGGCGGCUGCUCAAGUUCAUCCCCGGACUCAACCGCUCGCUGGAGGAGGAGGAGAGCCAGCUGUAG